AAAGCGAUUCAUUUGCAGAAACUUUGCAGAUAAGAUAGGGAAAAUGUAAACAUUGUUAGCCAAGCAACCAGAACGAGCAGUUAUGGCGUCAGGUAGAACCCUUGUAGGAGCGGUUGACCAAGGAACAAGCAGCUCUAGAUUUCUGAUAUUUUGCAGCAAAACAGGAGAAUUGAUUACAUAUCACCAAACUGAGAUCAAACAACUGCUACCAAAAGAAGGGUGGGUGGAGGAAGACCCCCAAGAAAUUUUGCAGUCUGUCUACCUCUGCAUUGAAAAAGCUGUAGAAAACCUACGGGCACUUAAUCUCUCAGUCUCAGACAUCAAGUGCAUUGGUAUCACCAACCAAAGGGAAACAACUGUUGUUUGGGACAAGAAAACGGGGAAACCCCUAUACAAUGCAAUAGUUUGGUUGGACACACGGACAUCUUCAACAGUUGACAAGCUUAUUGCGAAAACCCCUCAGAAAGACAAAGACCACUUAAGGGCAUAUUGUGGUCUGCCAAUAACAACAUACUUUAGCGCCGUAAAGUUACGAUGGUUGAUGGACAACGUGGAAGCAGUCAGGAUAGCUAUAGCUGAGGACAGGUGCCUGUUUGGAACGGUUGACUCGUGGUUAUUAUGGAACAUGACAGGAGGAAUCAAUGGAGGUAUACAUGCCACAGAUGUUACCAAUGCAAGUCGUACCAUGUUAAUGAAUAUUCAUAGUCUGAAAUGGGACCCUAAGCUUUAUGGCUUCUUUGAAAUCCCACUAUCUGUGUUACCAGAGAUUCGAAGUUCUUCAGAGGUUUAUGGUUCAAUGAAAACAGGCCCUUUGCAGAAUCUCCCUAUUUCUGGGAUUUUAGGUGAUCAGCAGUCUGCAAUGGUUGGACAAAUGUGUUUUAAUGCAGGCCAAGCCAAGAACACGUAUGGAACAGGGUGUUUCCUAUUGAUGAAUACUGGUUGUGAGCCUGUGGAGUCAAAGAGGGGGCUUUUGACCACUGUUGGAUACCAGCUAGGUAAAAAUAAGCCUGUGGUAUACGCCUUAGAAGGAGCAGUGGCCAUUGCGGGAGCCUGUGUACGAUGGCUGAGAGACAAUCUAGGUGUCAUCAAGACGUCAGAGGAAGUUGAGGUUCUUGCUGCCAAAGUUGAUAGUACACAUGGCUGCUACUUUGUUCCUGCCUUUUCUGGCCUGUUCUGUCCAUAUUGGCAAAUGGAUGCUAGAGGCAUUAUUUGUGGACUGACCCAGUUUACGACUAAAGAACAUAUCGCCAGGGCAGCGUUGGAGGCUGUGUGUUUCCAGACAAGAGAGAUUCUUGAGGCCAUGGGAGAGGAUAGUGGCAUCCCCCUUAAGUCCCUACAGGUAGAUGGGGGAAUGACUGCCAAUCAGCUGUUGAUGCAAUUACAGGCAGAUUUGCUGGGCAUUAAUGUAGUAAGACCCUCCAUGCCAGAGACGACAGCAUUAGGAGCAGCUAUGGCUGCUGGAGCCGCAGAGGGGGUGGGAGUUUGGAGUCUUGACCCUAAGGACCUUAGUACUAUUACCACAGACACAUUUACUCCCUGUAUCAGAGAGAAAGAACGAGAUGCCAGAUUUAGUCGCUGGAAGCUUGCUGUCCAGAGGUCAAUGCACUGGGAAACAGCAGAGGAAAUAACCGAUUAGGAAGCCAGCCAUCCCUAUGCAGUACAUUUCCUGGAGGGGCCUUCAUCAUUAGCAGCUUAGCCAUAUACAUGCUUUCAGAAAUUAUACCACAUAGGUGAUAGG